AUGAAGCUGUCCACUCUGCUGUUUCUCGUGCCUUUGGCUAGUGCACGGGUUAUCCGACCGGCACAGCAAGUACCCAUUGUCGACAACGCCGCAGACGACACAACCAGCGUCGAGGAUAAAACCACACACGCUUCGCCAAGUAUUGGCCUCCACUUUACAACAUCACAUGCCGUGGCUGCCGCUCAUUACCAAAACGGAACAAUUAGGGACCUCGUGAGGAUGGAAGGAGGCGCCGAUUAUCAAGAUUUGAUGCGGCGGUCGAUGUCCUCUAGCUCUGGCUACUCUGGACCACUAGAACCCAGCGAUGAAAUGGUCUUGUCCGGUUUCAUGAUCCGACUUCACCGAGCCAUUGAGACGGAACUGGAUGAUUCUGUACAACAAGCCGCAUUGGCCCUGUCCCCCCAGGCUCCCAGACUCCAACGAAAAUUCCAGAAAGCCAUGGUAUCUGCAGGACUUGCUUCGUCCGAGGACAGCGCCGUACUCUACGAAGAAGCAAUGGCUACCCAUGCCGCUCUCAAACCUGCAUCUUCGUGCACCACACAAUCGAAAUCAGAACACUUGCAACACGUUCUCUUCCUCGCCUUCGACGACGGCGCUUUCAGCGCAAGCAUGCACGAAUACGCCUGCAGAGACUACGCAUCACAAGGACACAUAAUCAGCCGCAUCAUACGCUCUGAUCUCGGCUGGUGGCAUCUCCCCAUGUACGACGCGCCACGAGCAAAAUUCUGGGCCCAGGUACAACAAAGCAUCGCGUUUGUUCUGAGCCCGCAGGGCAAGGCGCCAGGCAGAAUCGUUCUCCUGGGCAGUCACGGCGCAGAUGCCGAAUUCAAGAACAGAGUCGAGGAUGCGCUUUGGGGCGAGCUAGAAAUGGACGUGAGCAGCAUGUUGAGCGUUAAUAAGCGAGGAGAUAGCGAAUGGCUAGCUGCAAGGGGUGCAGCAGAACUAGCAUCGAGGCAUGGCGAAAAGAAAUACGCUGCAUGA